AUGGCGAAAGUGACCAGGAAACCACAGGCUUCUAGCACAGUUACCGAACAACCUACGCCAAACACCAAAGAGAGGAAGAUGAGGAAGGGCUCCUGUCAACCCAGGUCCAGAGGUAGUGUCAAGGCGGCCAAGAAAACCACGGGGGCCAAAAGAUCCCUUCGAGGGAGAUCGACUGAAAAAGCCUCUCCAAAACGUCCCACCUCUUCAGUUAAAUCUAAGAAAGCGAGAGGAACAACACUAUUCGGUCACUAUCACGGGCUGAAUGAAAAGCUGAAUUAUGGUGAGGCAGAGGAGGACGGAGAGAGCAUGGAGAAGCCCAGCACUUCAUGUGCCUACCUGCACCACCAGCAACUUCAGAGCGAGGCCAGAGACCUCACAGAGGAAUCAUCUGAGAAGUCUCUGAGGUCUGGCCCCUGA